GUGUUAUCUCUCUCUCUCUCUCUCUUUCCGUGUGUGCUGAGAACCCGGAGCCAAAGCCGGGGGUUGACUCAUUUCACUGUCAAACGAAGCUGGGACCAGUUGCACCCGAACAGAAACCGUAUUCAGUCACGCAAGCUCUCUAUGGGACACGAUGCUUUCAUGGAUCCCUUCAGUAGCAAAACUCAUUUUCUGCUGUAUGAGAUAUGCAUCCUGGCAAUAGGCUCUUGUGGAGAUGUUACAGUUACAGUGCCAAACAUACUGAUCCUGGGCACUGUCGGACAACCUCUAUUGCUCCCUGCAAACUACACCACUGGAACUAACGAUCACAACAUUCAGAUAACAUGGACUUUUCAAAGUCAAUCUUCAGGCUCUAUGCUUCUGGUAACUGCUGUGAACAAUACCUUGACUCCUGACAUGGAACAUGGCCAUAGGUUUUUUUUGUCCCCUCCCAGUGCUUCAUUACUGAUUAACCCAGUGGAAUUACGUGAUGAUGGUGAAUAUACUAUUAAAGUGACUGUUUCCGGGAUGAAGCUGGCAUCAGCUAGUCGCCAACUGAUUGUACACGUCAACGUUCCUGUUUCUAAACCAGUCGUGCGUAGUGAUCCGGCCUGGGGAGCAGUGGAGUAUGUGGACAAUGCAACACUCACCUGCACUGUGAAUAAAGGCACAAAGGUCAUUUAUCAGUGGCUAAAGGAUGGAAAGCCCUUAUUGCCAAGCUCUCGUCACACCUUUUCGUCGGACAACAAGAUGUUAUUCAUUUCCCCUGUUUUAAAAGACGACCUUAGCAAUUACACAUGUGUGGUGAAGAACCCAAUCAGUAUGAAUGAAAGUGAACCGAUUGCACCAAAUAUUUACUAUGGUCCCUAUGAUCUAAUGGUGAAGUCUGAACCACGAUUCAAAGUUAGUGAAGGAGUGUUCGCUGCUGGCAAAGGAGAGCCAGUCUGGUUUAAAUGUUCAGCAAACUCCAACCCACCAAAUGUCUACUCAUGGUUUCAGAAAGAUGACAACAAAACAACACCCAUCCAGUGGGGGCCAGUGUUAAAUAUCAAGUCUGAGAAAGUACCGGACAAAGCUGACUACAUGUGCUGUGUCUACAAUAAUAUUACUGGCAAACGGAGUGAAACUCAAUUCACUUUCAUACUCUCUGCUACUGGUCAAGAAAAACAGAAACAAAAAGGAAGUUCACUUCAUUCGUUGGGAAUAAUUGUUGGAUUGUCACUGACUCUGAUUGUCUGUAUAUUUCUUUACUUUCUUCUGAGAAGAUACUUCCCACGAAGAGUUGUUGAAGAAGAGCUGUAUCACAGGUCACCAGCAGAUUAUAUACAAGCACGCCAAGUAUCAGAGGAACGAGAGCCUCCUAUGGAUGAUUAUGGAAUAUAUGAAUUUGUUGCUGUGCCUGAGCCAGCAGAGUUUCAACGGGUUCGACCAGAUAAACUGAAAACAGUGUACGAUAUUAUUCGGGAACCAGAUGUUCACACGACUGUUUAUGAAGUCAUUUGUCAUUCACCAAAAACAUCCUGAUGUUUGAUUGACCACAACAGUUGGAUGCUGUAUUUUGUCGGAAGCAAGAAGAUUGAGACAGCCAUACAAUGUCUAUGUAUUUUGACGACAAACAUUAAUGAAAGACAAGGUCAGACAUCAAAAAAUGGAACAUUUUACAUUCCAGUAAUUUGGUGGAUCAAAAAGAAGCAUUUGUUCCCAAGAAACAAAACAAAAACUAGUGAUGCAGUUUGUAAACAUAUACUUCUAUCGAUGUUAUGUGCUAAUGUCACAGCAGAAAAUGUAAUAUAAAAUUGAGAAUAUGUUUCAUGACUAUAAUCAAUUUUAAGCAUUAUGCAUUAAUUGUCUUGUAAAUUGUCUUUAUCAUUCUGUGUAAGCAUUGGUUUAUGUUUUCUAUGAGACUUUUAGUUAUAUAAUGAUAUGCAGAACAUAUUAAUAGAUAAAGAACUUUUAAAAAGGAUAAAUCUAAAACUCAACCCUGCCUAAUCUGGGUGGGUUAGAAGUCUUCCCUUUUUCUUAGCUGAAACUGACUACAGCGGAGUAAUAUUUUCUUCCAGACUACCAGAUAUUGAAGUGUAAACAAAUAACUAAAUUGCUUCUAUUUUUUGUACCAUUUCACAUGACAUGCACAUUUGUCUGAAUAAGGGAAGUCAUUUAAAAAUGGGUGUGUGAACAAACAAUGAUUUUAAAUUCAAAGGAAUGAAGGUACCUUAACCAAACCUGGCUUUUAAUAUUCCAGAAACUUGCAAAAUAUAACCCUGUUUUCUUUUUGUGAAAUUCUUCUACCUUCUAGAAAUCCAGAUACAACCGAAUGUGUUACAUUGCAGCUAUAAAUGUUGAAAUGUUUCAGGCUUUUGCAUUACUAAGUAUUUAUAAUAGUUGCUGAAGAAAUGUUGAAUUAACCCUUUGGGGGCAAUUAUCAUAUCAAAGUCCACCUCAUUAAGUUUGUCCUUGACACUUGCAAAAAGAUGAAGGGUGUAUUUGAUCAACCAUGGUGUUUCCAAGAACUCAAUAAAAAUGUCUCAGUUUUAUAAUGUUUAGCAUGUAAAAUUUAAUUAAGAUUAUUUUUGAAAUAUUUUGUGAAAAAUAAAAAGUGCCUUAUUGGAUAUCUGAAAAUGGUACCUCUGAAAUUGGGUUAGACUGAAUUGGCAAGGUCUAAUGAUUAGCAUGUAAUUUGUAUAUGAAUAGUAUCAUUAUUGUCAGUACUUGUACUGUACCAUCAUUACCCUUUUUUAAAAACUAUCUUUAUCUGAAA